AACAUUGGCUUGUGUUUAUUCACUUCACAUUUCAGCAAGUUUCCGAAUAUCAUCAGUGAUGGAGCAGCAUCUGCUCAUACUCCUGUGUUUCACAGGAGUCAUACCCCUCACACUGUCUGUCCCUCGUAUGUACUAUCUGAUCCAACAAGGAAGAAGUUGGAUUAAUGCUCAAGCUUACUGUCAGGCAAACCACGAUGACCUGGCCAUCAUUCAAAGUAGCGGUAACAUGAUUCACCUUCAGAAUGAAGUACAGAGACAACAAUUCAGUUCCAGUGCUUGGAUUGGACUCUACAAUGACAUCAACAGCUGGUACUGGUCUUAUAGAAGUGAGACACUGGGAACUAUGAUAAAAUGGGUUACUGGAGAGCCUAACAAUAGUGGUGGACAUCAAGAGUGUGCUGCAAUAUUUACUUUGGGUUGGUCAGACAGAAUAUGUACAGAAGCAUUUCAUUUUGUGUGCUUCGAUGAGAGUAAAACUGGAAACUCCAGUUAUAUUUAUUUUUCUACACCAAAGUCUUGGUAUGAUGCUCAGAGUUACUGCAGACAGUAUCACACAGACCUGGCCAGCACAAGAGAUGCAACAGAGUACUCAUACAUACAUGAUUUGGUAACACCUUUGACGGGAUACACUUGGAUUGGUCUGACCAGACACUCCUGGAAGUGGAUAGACCAAACUAACUUCUCUACCAUCAGCUGGAUGCCUGGAAAACCUGAUAAUGCCCUAAAAAAAGAAAACUGUGGUUAUUUAAAUAAUAGUCAGGCUGUUGAUGCACUGUGCUCUGAUGUAAUGCCAUUCUUCUGUUACUCAGUAAUCACAGGAAAAAUACAAGUCCUAAGAUUUAAUGUCCAGUCCAGUCAGGAUAUGAAUGACCCUGCAGUACAGGCCACCACCCUAGAGCAGAUCAAACAAAAAUUCAAAGAUCUUGGGAUGACAGGGGACAUCACUGUGAAAUGGAGAGUGCAACCACAUGGAGAGGUGUUUCACAAGGAGAAAUAAAAAAAAUACCAAAAUAUGACCCAGGAAAAGAGUGACCUCUGUUUCUUAAAUUGCAUAAUUCUGUAGUGUAUUAAUGGUGACGGGAAAGUUAUAUUGACAUUAUUUCUUUUUCGGUUGAUAUCUGAUGUAAUCUAGAUAUUUAUCAUUUAUUUGUAUACAGUACUCCUGUAUGAAUACCUUCAACAUAAAACAUUAUGUGAGAAAUAAACUGAAAGCUAGUAGACAUUCUGACAGACCAUUACUUCUUAACCAUACGACUCCAUGUGGAGUUUUGAUAGCAUUGCUCCUAUACCACAGCAUGAGGCGUCCACCUCUACAGUAAAUAAGGUAUUGGGAUCGGGGUGGCAUAGGAUGGGGGCUGAGGUAAAUCUUUUCUUAAGUUGAUCAAACGCUUUGUUGUAAAUUAACCAAAGACCAGUAGAAGAGCGAUCACAGAGACUUGGAAGUAUGUUGCAGGAAUCUUUUAUUGAAGAUUAGAACACACUCAAAAGUGCUGUGGUCAUCAAGAUCUCCACAGACAGAAAAGAAACCUCUGGUAUUCAUACAGAUUUUGGUGGCUGUCC